AUGCGUGCCAAUGCCAGCCAGACUCUGAAGGAUGGAAUUGAGCUCUGCCCACAAACGAGCUACACAUCCUUCUACGAAAGGAAGCCCCAGGCCAGAUCCAGGCCACAGCCCCCAUUCCAUUCUCAGCUCUUCUGCGGCAUCCAGUGGUGGCUGGGUGUCCGAGAGCCCGAGAACCAGAUGUCCCGGCCUCCUUGCAGGUCUGGGGAUCCUGGAGUGGUAUCGUGGGGCUUCCCUACAGCCCGCCCGACACCUGCCCGGCGACAGCAUGGGGUGCAGCAGCCUCAGCUGAAUGAGAAAGUACUGAAAGCCAGGCUGAAAAGGCUGCGGGAAACGUUUGAAAGAAUUCUACACCUUUACCAAAAAGAAAACCCAGAUGUGUACAAAGAAUUGAGACAGCUACAGGUAGCAUAUGAACAAAAGAGAAAUCAACGGAUCCAGUAUUUUGAUGCCAUCAAGAACGCUCAGCAUGUGGACUUAGAGAGCAUCCCUUUGCCAGACAUGCCCCAUGCUCCUUCCAAAGUCUUGAUCCAGGACAUUCCCCUUCCUGGUGCCCAGCCGCCCUCCAUCCUGAAGAAAGCCUCAGCAUCCGGGCCUCCAACCCCAGCAGUUCCUAUCCUGCCUCUCCAGGGUCGUGGUGUUCCACGUUUUCCCCCUGGCAGAAAACCACCCGGCCCUCCACCUGGCCCUCCUCCUUCUCAAGUUCUGCUGGUGGAUGGCUGUAAAGAGGGCUUUGCUCUAGGUCUUCCCCCUCAGAGACAAGAUGAAGACAUGCUGUACAGCCCAGAGCUUGCUCAGCGUGGUCAUGAUGAGGACAUGUCCAGCACCAGGGAGGAUGAUGGCUAUCCGGAGGACAUGGAAAAGGAUACACAUGAUGGGAGUACUGGGGACAGAGACCCUGACAGAUUGGACUCAGAGAGUCACCCCAGUGGUAGUGAGAGCAACAAGACUGAAGAGAAAAGGUCAGGUCUGAGGGUGCGAUGUGCUGAUAAGCCUGGGAAAUCAAGGAAGAACAACAUAAAGGAGCUGACUCCUCUUCAAGCCAUGAUGCUGCGAAUGGCAGGUCAGGAAAUCCCCGAGGAAGGACGGGGAGUAGAGCAAUUUUCAGAGGAGCAGGAUGAGAAAGACUCUAAGGAUUCUGAAGUGGGGAAACAAUCGCAGAAGCAGGAUAAAGAAGAUUCCCACUCUGAGGGCACAACUGCUGCCUUUGCACAACACCAGGCUCCUCCACAGUCCAUUCCUCCUCAGACACAAGCACCUCCCAUGCCAGGACCACCACCUCUUCUACCUCCUGGACCACCUACAGGCCCUCCUCCUGGGCCACCUCCAAGGGCUACUGCAUUCCUGAGACCACCUGGAAUGCCAGGAAUUCAAGGACCUCCUCCAGGUAGACCUCCUGGCCCUGCCCCAGGUCCUCCUCCAGGUCUACCCCCUCAGCCCCCACAAGGACCUCUGCCAAGGCUUCCUCAUGCACUUCCAGGGAUCCCUCCUCAUCCUGGGAUGAUUUGCCCAUCCUUGGUGCCCCCUCUUGAACCUGCUCCACCUUCCCUUUAUCCAACAGGUCUCUUGCCCAACCCAGGGGUGGUGACUGCCCUGCCCAGCCUCUUUCAGGGACCAAAGGCAGAAGGUGCAAAUGUAGUCACCAUGGAGAAGAAAGCCACAGUGACCAUCAGUGCCAAGCCCCAGAUCUCUAAUCCCAAGGCAGACAUCACACGGUUCGUGCCCACUGCACUGAGAGUGCGACGUGAGGAUAAAGAUGCUGCUGUUUUCCAAAGAAGGUUGGAGGAUGAGGCUGCUGUGCCCAUUGCUAAAGCAGCCCCAAGAUGGGGUCCCUCAUUUCCUGCUUCAGCACAAACUAAGGACGAUGCUUAUGAAGCGUUUAUGAAUGAGAUGGAAGGGCUGCUGUGA